AAUGGAAGAAUCACCAGCAACAGCUGAACCUCUAAUUUAAUGUAAGAUAUUUUUCAUAGCAGUAGUAACUCUAGGUAAUAAUGUAGAACCAGAGAACAAAACUAUUUACAAUUUUAUGGAUAUAACUAAAGUUCAUAGCGGAUCUGAUCUAAUUGAAGCUGCAAAAAAAAAUAAAAUGCCAAUAUUAAAUGCAUCUGUAGACACUGUGCCAAAUAUUUACGACCUUGAAGAUAGCGAAAAACGAACAGUCUUGCAUUAUUUAGCAUUAAAUUCUAAUUCAUUUAUAUUUAAUAGGCUUUUGAUUAAAUUUCAGUCUUAAGCAAAAGAAUGGUUGUAAAAAUAAGAUAAAUAUGAUCUUUAAGCCAUUCAUUAUUUUAUUUAUUCAGGUAAAAUUGAUAUGCUAGAUGAAAUAUCUAGAUAUUAUAUUCCCAAAAAUCUAUUAGGAAUGGCUGCAAUUAAAAAUGAUGUUUUGACAAUGAUACUAAUUAGAGAAAAGCUUAAGGAAGAAACUUUUAAAAAUAAAUAUCAAGAUGCUGUCACACCUUUACAUUUAGCUUGCUCUACUAAAAGUGAUUAUGCUGCUAUAGUUCUGAUGAAAUGGAAGCAUCCUAUAAAUAUUUAGGAUGCAAAUGGAAAUACACCAUUGCAUAUUGCUGCUUUGAAUAAUAGUUAUAAAUUAAUAAGAAAAUUAAUUUAAAGAGGUGGAAGCAUUAAUAUUAGAAAUAAAAAAGAUUAGUUACCAAUAGAUUUGGCUGAGGAUUACUAAACUCUUGAUGCUUUAAAAUCAUUUCGAUUUUCUUGGAAAUCUCUAUUACUUUAAUUAAAUUUGAAACCAAGUAUCAACUAUUAUAUUUAGGAAAAAGAUCAUAUAUGUAGUCUUUAAUAUUUUUAUUAUUUUUUUCGAUCACAAAUUUUGGGACUAUAUUCUUGGUUUAAAAUUCAACAAACAAAGACUAAAAUACAGGAAGUUUUAUUAUGUUCAUAAUAAUUGUUACAUUAUUUUUCAUCUGUUUUGUAUUGGUUUCAUAUUCAAAUCCUGGAUAUGCUAAUCCAAAAGAUGAGUAUUUAUUCAUAUAAUAAAAUUAGAUAAAAUUUGAAGUCUAUAUUAAAUAAAUUGGAACCUUUUGAAAUUUGUUACGAUUGUUUUAUUUAAACUCCUGAUAGAUCAAAGCAUUGUGAAUUUUGUAAAAGAUGCGUUAUUAAAUAUGAUCAUCAUUGUCCUUGGGUUAAUAAUUGCGUAUUAUAUANAAUUUAAUGUAAGAUAUUUUUCAUAGCAGUAGUAACUCUAGGUAAUAAUGUAGAACCAGAGAACAAAACUAUUUACAAUUUUAUGGAUAUAACUAAAGUUCAUAGCGGAUCUGAUCUAAUUGAAGCUGCAAAAAAAAAUAAAAUGCCAAUAUUAAAUGCAUCUGUAGACACUGUGCCAAAUAUUUACGACCUUGAAGAUAGCGAAAAACGAACAGUCUUGCAUUAUUUAGCAUUAAAUUCUAAUUCAUUUAUAUUUAAUAGGCUUUUGAUUAAAUUUCAGUCUUAAGCAAAAGAAUGGUUGUAAAAAUAAGAUAAAUAUGAUCUUUAAGCCAUUCAUUAUUUUAUUUAUUCAGGUAAAAUUGAUAUGCUAGAUGAAAUAUCUAGAUAUUAUAUUCCCAAAAAUCUAUUAGGAAUGGCUGCAAUUAAAAAUGAUGUUUUGACAAUGAUACUAAUUAGAGAAAAGCUUAAGGAAGAAACUUUUAAAAAUAAAUAUCAAGAUGCUGUCACACCUUUACAUUUAGCUUGCUCUACUAAAAGUGAUUAUGCUGCUAUAGUUCUGAUGAAAUGGAAGCAUCCUAUAAAUAUUUAGGAUGCAAAUGGAAAUACACCAUUGCAUAUUGCUGCUUUGAAUAAUAGUUAUAAAUUAAUAAGAAAAUUAAUUUAAAGAGGUGGAAGCAUUAAUAUUAGAAAUAAAAAAGAUUAGUUACCAAUAGAUUUGGCUGAGGAUUACUAAACUCUUGAUGCUUUAAAAUCAUUUCGAUUUUCUUGGAAAUCUCUAUUACUUUAAUUAAAUUUGAAACCAAGUAUCAACUAUUAUAUUUAGGAAAAAGAUCAUAUAUGUAGUCUUUAAUAUUUUUAUUAUUUUUUUCGAUCACAAAUUUUGGGACUAUAUUCUUGGUUUAAAAUUCAACAAACAAAGACUAAAAUACAGGAAGUUUUAUUAUGUUCAUAAUAAUUGUUACAUUAUUUUUCAUCUGUUUUGUAUUGGUUUCAUAUUCAAAUCCUGGAUAUGCUAAUCCAAAAGAUGAGUAUUUAUUCAUAUAAUAAAAUUAGAUAAAAUUUGAAGUCUAUAUUAAAUAAAUUGGAACCUUUUGAAAUUUGUUACGAUUGUUUUAUUUAAACUCCUGAUAGAUCAAAGCAUUGUGAAUUUUGUAAAAGAUGCGUUAUUAAAUAUGAUCAUCAUUGUCCUUGGGUUAAUAAUUGCGUAUUAUAUAUAUAAUUACUUUAAUUUUAGGUUGGAAAUGACAAUUAAUCAAUAUUUUGGUUAUUUCUUUUAUUCUUAUUUCUUGAUUUUCUUUUAAUAAUAAUACUUGGAAUUUUGGCACUGACAGAUUAAAAUACAAUGGAAAAAAAUAACUUUACAAUUUUAAUUAUACUAACUAUCAUUGAAUUUUUGUUUAUGAUUCCAUUAUUAAAUUUGAUACUCACGUAGAUAAGAAAUUAUUAUUCUGGUUUAACAACAUAUGAAAGAUUAGUAUUAGGAAAACCUUCUACAAAAAAAAGAGAAUCCAUAAUUUAAAAGAUGUCGAUUGUUUAAUAAGGAUGA